CAGCUGAUUUGACGCCUGAAGAUUACACUCCUUCACACUUUAAAACCAGCAUGGCCACUGACGUUUGGGCAGAGUUUGAUUCCAUUAUUUACACUCCUACGAAUCUCCAGAGCUUCACUGAACCUAAGGACAACAAUGUCUAUGUGAUGUUCCAUGGAACAACAAGGGAAAAUGCACAACUCAUCAAAAGGAAUGGCUUCCGACCUUCUCAAGAUGGCAUGCUGGGAAAGGGAGUCUAUGUUAGCCGUGACAUUCAGAAGGCCAGCAGAUAUCCAAUAGAAGUUGAACCGAGUAAACGGGUUAUCCUCAAGCUCAAUGUAAAUGUGGGAAAAGUUGUAAAGAUCGACAGGCAGGGGCAUCCAUGGCAGAAGUCAUGGCACUCCCAUGGAUACGAUACAGCCUGGGUGCCACCUAACUGUGGAAUGGUGCCCAGUGGCUUAGAAGAAGAUUGCAUCUGGGAUCCAAGUAGAAUUCGAGUUAUAGAAGUCAUGGCUCCAUCUUCAGUUCCUGUUUCCCAUUAUAAUUACACUCCUUCACACUUUAAAACCACUGACUUUUGGGCAGAGUUUGAUUCCAAUGUUUACAUUCCUACGGAUCUCCAGAGCUUCACUGAACCUAAGGAAAACAAUAUCUAUGUGAUGUUCCAUGGAACAACAAGGGAAAAUGCACAACUCAUCAAAAGGAAUGGCUUCCGACCUUCUCAAGAUGGCAUGCUGGGAAAGGGAGUCUAUGUUAGCCGUGACAUUCAGAAGGCCAGCAGAUAUCCAAUAGAAGUUGAUCCGAGUCAACGGGUUGUUCUCAAGCUCAAUGUAAAUGUGGGAAAAGUUGUAAAGAUUGACAGGCAGGGGCAUCCACUGCAGAAGUCAUGGCACUCCCAUGGAUACGAUACAGCCUGGGUGCCACCUAACUGUGGAAUGGUACCCAGUGGCUUAGAAGAAGAUUGUAUCUGGGAUCCAAGUAGAAUCCGAGUUAUAGAAGUCAUGGCUCCAACUUUUAGUUAA